CCUUGGCUUCUGACGAUGACCUUGUAGUCUCCCGGCCUGGAGUCGCGGAUUAGCUCGGCGGCCCUGCGGGCAGAGCAAGAAAACAUUGGUUUAUAUAAGACAACGUGGCUUGCUUGCAAUGGACAUAUUGGUGUUGAGUUGGACAGCAACAAAGAACUUAAUAAUAGCAAGGAAUACCCAAGUAGUUCCAGUACAAUUUAGUAUGGAAGAUGACACAACUCGAUGUGAUGUUAUGGUCAGCCUGCCGAUGCCUACCCACCAGCGUCUAAACAUCAAUUUCAGUCAUGGCUGUCAGAACAACGUUGUUCUGCAUGCUGUUGACUUUGGAGCUAAGGACACUGACUCUGGACAGCCAGGCGGCGCACCGGCGGGGGGCGGUGUCCGCGAGGUGUUCUGGUCGCCGAGCGAGUGGCCCGGCUGGUGGCGUCAGCUGGCCAGCGAGUCGGCCGGCGUGUUCAGCGACCUGCAGAGCUGUGACGCCGGCCAGGGAGAGGCCGCGCUCCGACUCAGCCUGCUCAAACUCAGCAGACGAUACCGGUCGUGUCUCCGCGCCAGUAUGGAGACGGUGACUGCCUCAGACGAGGAGGACGCCGAUACGCACCGGCAGCUCCUCAACAGCAUGGAAAUGGUGUGGAACCUCUCCGAGAUCGUGCUCGUCGACCAGAAGCGAGGAGGCGUGGUGCUGGGCCAGCUGCUCGACUGGGUGCGACAGCACGCCACACAGUUCGACAAGUCGGCCGCGGCCGUCACAGAGGCCGAAAUGCCCGAGAAACACCCCGACUACUGGAAUACGGUGUACGGGAUGGUGCUGCAGGGACGGCAGGCGGCCGCCCGGAAGCUGCUCCGACUGCACAGCGGGUUCGGCACGGACCCGUUCGUCAGCGCCGACGAGCUGCUGCGCAAGGUGCCUCCGCUGGCCGAGGGUGCCGACUUCGAGCUGCGCUGGCGCCACUGGCAGGCGCAGUGCGUGCUGCGCCUCGAGUCCGGAGAGUUCGGCUACAGUCCCCGGCUGCAGACGCUCGUCAAGAUCCUCUGCGGUGACGCCGUGACCUUCGAGGACCUCUACCAGGAGAUGGGCUCCUGGUACCACCUGAUGGUGUCGUACACACUCUACUCGCGGCCCUGGGUCGGCAUCUUCGAGCUCAGGCACGCGGCCGAGGACAGUAUCGAGGUGUUCGGCGGGCCGAGCCAGCUCUCCGCGCUCGACCAGAUGCUGCAGGCCGCGCUCGACGGCGACAUCCACAAGCUGCUGAAGACGGCGCAGGCCACGCUGCCGGACGGCUGGCUGACGGCCCACCUGGCCGACCUGCUGUGCCGGCUGCCGGACAUCUCGGGCGCCGGCCGGCCCAGCUUUCUGUCCGAGCUGCGUCACCACCUGCUGGUCGAGUACGGCAGCGCGCUGUGCGCCAGCCGCUCGCUGUGGCAGCUGGGCGCCGUCUACCUGGACCAGUGCGGCGCGCCGGGACGCGCGCGGCUGGCGCUGCUCCUCGAGCGGCUCGACCCGCGCACCGACCGCCGCGCCAGGAAGAUCAUUCAGAUGGCGGAGAGCCGCGGCCUCAGCGCGGUGGCCAGCUCGGUAGCCCAGGUGAUGGGCCGCCGCGCGAUGGCCGCUGGCCAGCUGGGCACGGCGCUGGCCUGGGCGCUGCGCUCCGACUGCUCGGCGCUGGCCUCGCAGCUGGCCGACACGCUGGUCAAACAGUACACCAGCAGCGGCCGCUUCGCCAGCGCAGACUUCGUCGACAACCUCGGCUCCAGCAUGCUCAAGAGUGAUCGGCUCAUGUUUCUCGGGAAGUACCGCGAGUUCCACCGGCUGUACGAGGAGGAUAGUCUGCAGGAGGCCGCCUCCCUACUCGUCACCCUGAUGACCUCCCAGCUGGCACCCAAAUACUUCUGGAGGACGCUGCUGACGGACGCGCUGCCGCUGCUGGAGCUGCAGCCGCCCGCCUUCUCGACGGCACAGACCUACGACCUGAUGGCCUGUGUGGAGCAGCUCCGACGGUCCGGUGACCUGGAUGAGAGCUCGGAGGAGGUCCGGCUGCUGCGUCAGGCGCUGGCCGAUAACCUAUGGCGGGCCAGCAUCGCCGAAGACUCUGUCGCCUCCUGAGGACCGCCGCAUCCAGCCCCCCCCCCCUCCUCACAUUGCCAACUUUGUAAGAAAUAUAGUGUCUUGUCAAAA